CUGGGGUGCGGCGGUUAACGGCUGCGCUCCGAGCCCCGCCCCUGGCGCUGCCCGGCCGGGGCCGCGCCCCUGCCCCGCCUCCCGCCGGCCCGGCCCGGCCCAGCCCAGCCCCGCCCGGCCGAGCGGCAGCCCGGCGGCCGCUACCGAGCCAUGGAGAGCGCCGCGCCCGCGCAGCUCCGCGAGCUGGAGGCGGGCGGGGAGCGUGGCGGCGGGCGGGAGCGGCAGGAGGCCCUCGAGGAACGGGGCGCGGCGGCGGCCGGGGAUGCAGAGCCGGCGGAGGUGUCAGGCGGGGCCGGGACGGCCGCAGCUGCGGCGCUGCUGGGGGAGACGGGGCUGGCGGUGGGUUGCUGCAUCGCGGCGGCGCUGAGCUGGGAGCGGCCCCUCCACAGCCUGGGCGGCUUCGUCUGCGCUAACCUGCUCUUCUGGUUUGUUGCACUGACCCCUUGGAGAGUGUAUCAUCUGACUUCUCUCAUAAUACUUGGAGUGCUAGUUCUUCAGAUAAUAAAGGAUUUGGUAUUCUCGAGGAUAAAAGGUGCGCAGCUUUGGAGGACCAUCACUAGCAACUGGAAAGUCAUCAGUUCCAGGCAAGACUACAGACCCAGGAUAAAUCAGUGCAUUUCAGAAACACUGAUGAAUUUAUUUGUAUUUCUUCAAGAAAUGUCCCACUUCAAGGAACAGAACCCUGGCAAGUUUUGCCUACUGGUCUGCAGUGUAUGUACGUUUUUCACUGUCUUGGGAAGUUACAUUCCUGGAGUUGUCCUCUCCUAUGUCCUAUUAUUGUGUGCCUUUUUAUGUCCCUUCCUUAAGUGCAAUGAAUUUGGACAGAAAGUAUGCAACAAAAUUAAGACUGUUCUGAUGAAACUAGAUUUUGGAAUAGUGGAAUAUAUCAACCAGAAGAAAAAAGAGAGAUCUGAAACAGCAAAAACAAAACCCACAGAAGAUGACAGUGAAUUAGACAUAUCAGCCCUGUGUCCUAAGGUUAGUCCUGCCGUUGUUGCCAAAGAGCUGUCAGUGUCUGACACAGAUGUAUCAGAAGUAUCUUGGACUGAUAACGGGACCUUUAACUUAUCUGAAGGGUAUUCUCCACAGACAGACACAUCUGAUGAUUUUGACCGACCUAGUGAUCAUGAAGAAGCUUUCGCUAGAGAUCUUUCAGAAUUUCCUUCUUUAGAAAAUGGUGCCGGAACAAACGAUGACGAUGACUCAAGUAUUGGUAUGCCCAUCCAGCAAAAACGAAAAAAAGAACAAACAUAUUUGAAGGUGGAUCAUGCUCCCAGACAGAGUAAAGAGAGACCGUCCACUGCAGGGCUCUCCUUGCCUUUGACCAGUGACCAAACCUUUAAUUUAAUGAGUGGAAUUGCUGGGGAUGUCAUCGCAGCUGCGGUGUCUGCUGCCAUCAAAGACCAGUUGCAGUCCGCACAGCAAGCUCCCUCACAUGCAGUGCCCAGUUUGAGCGAGGAGACAGACACAGAGGAAGCCGAUGAUUUUGAACUGCUUGACCAGUCAGAGCUAGAGCAGAUUGAGAAAGAAUUGGGACUUUCACAAGGCCAAGAAGCAGAAGCACAGGAAAAGAAAAAGUCUUCAGGCUUCCUUUCAAAUCUGCUUGGAAGUCAAUAACCUAGAAAUUGCAGCUGGUAACAUAGAAGAAAUUAAACAUAAAACACACACACACAAAAAAAUCAAAUGCAAAAAAAAAAAAAAAGGAGAAUUCUGAGCUGUAAGCUUGAACUAUCCCUUUAGAUGUAUUGUAAUAAUUUCCCUUAUGCAGAGUGAAUUAACUGGAUAAAUAUCAGCUGAUACUGAUAGUUUAAUGUUUCUGGUAGUUUUACCUCAAUGUAAUAGCAUGGAAAUGAAUUAUCUAUCCACUGUUUGGUUGCAGAUGAGUGUUGGAGGUCAGUUGUUCAAAAGAGCUGAGGGAGAGGAUUUUUUAAUCUUUUUUUGCCAACCAUGUAUUUUGGGGUCCUGAGCCAAAUUUUCAACAUUGGCAGUUUAUUCUUGGUUGCCAACCAUGUAAUACAAUUAAUGAUUCACACAGUGAGGGUAAAUUAUCAGAGGAUUGCAAUAAGAUUAACUAAAUCUCACCUCCUUCAAUCAUACCGACAAGUAUGAAUCCCUGCAGUUAGCGUUAUGUAUAGUGCACCUACUAUAUAUGAAACACAUUAACCAGCACAACUCUAGUUUAAGUAUGUGUGCAACACUAUCAAAGAACUUGAUUUCAUACUUAAAACCUUUGAAUUAUUUUGGAUAUGGUGAUGCAUUUCCAAGUUUUUUGCUGUUUUAGGCUUGUAGAGUUGUAAAGUGGCAUGCUAUUUGACUGACCACCUGCUGUGUUCCUUGAUAGAGUCUGGUCCUUGGCAGUAUUGGCCAUGUAAAGUCAGCCAACACAUUUUCAUAUUUAAGAGUUAAUAUCAUGUAAACUGAACAACCUUUUUGGGAGCAGGUGAGGGUAGUUAUUGUUUUGAAUAGAGGUUAGAGGUAAAAAAUAUAAAGGCUUUUUUGAUGCCACUCCCUUAACUCAAGAUUCUGUGGGGUUUGGGUUUCCUUUUUUCCCCCAGAACAGCUGCCAUCACUUGCAACAAAAGUUGUGUUGCAAGCUGAAUAUUUUAAGAUACUUAAAAGUAUUCGGUGAGGUCAUUUGCUAUAGGAGACACUCAGAAUCUUCUUCGUGGCAUGUAAUUUAAAACAAAGAAAAAAAGUUGUUUAUUUGCCAGUUUAAACUCCACACGUGCUGAGUGAGUGGCAUGGGAUCUUAAGCAGGUAACUUAUUUAUCUUUUUCUAGAGCUUUUUUGUUCACCUGUGACAAAACUGAAUUGUAAUACCAAGCAAUAGUAAUCAAAGAAAUAGGAAGAAGUAAAGCUAGUUUUUUUUAAUGUGAUGUAAACCAUUAGCAAAAUUGAGGGACCAUGUCAGCUGCUACUACUACUACUCAAGUGAUUUUCCAUUUGCUGGCAUUUGAAGAGGUGAAUACUGUCAUCUAGGACCCUCAGAAAGUACAGCAACAGAUUAUAAAAAUCUUCCACUAACAUAUAUGUGUAGGUAAACCUGUGUUUAAAGUUAACUCCAUUUUAAUUUUUUUUUUCCUUUUGAGGUGAAAAAAUAGGCAGAUGGCCAAAAAGAGUGUAGCAAAAGGAAAGAUGCUGAGAAUUUUUGACACUAGCUUUAUCGUUGCUUGUGCUUUUGUGUCAGUAAUGCAUAUUGACUGUGUUUGCUGUCCUUUACCAGUAAAAAUGUGAGCGUGUGCCUUCAUUAUCAAAUCCAUUACAAAGUAAGUGGAUGCUGGAUAUAGAUCCCAUGAGAUGCAGCUUUGCAACAUCUUUAACGUCAAAAGCGAGUUUCUGGAAAUGAUUAAAAAACCAUGGCCACAUCACUUCCACAGCGCUGGUUGCUAAGUUUCCUUUUCAGCUUCCCCCAGCCUGUCCAUCCCAUUUGGCAAAAAAAAAUACAAAAAUAAAAGAAGCUUUUGCUGGGAAAUCAGUAAGUUUAAAGGCCAUUUAAAUUUCUCAGAUGAGUUAAAAGCCUCGUUUCCUUGCUGCAUGUUUAGGACAAUCUAUACAGUUAGAAGAGUACAGCUUCCAAGUUGCUGACAAAACUUUGUAGGACACCCAAACAAACGUGUGCUUCCUUGUACAGGACUACUGGUGCCAGGCGGGGAAAUGGGCUACGGGAUGGGGAGAGGUGGGAGGCAGCCGUCCCUCACAGGCUUUUCUGGAGCGGACUGAUGGGACGCACUAGCUGGCUGUCAAUGGCGGCAUUAUAACAGCAUGCACUUUAUUGUUGUUUUAUGAAGAAUAGUUGUGGUUUAUAAAAGUAAGGAAUGCAGGGGCGCUCUUCUAGAAUAAUAGAUUAGAUUAAGAAGGAAAAGCAGUUGGAGGAAUUUCUUGGACUUUUUGUAAAUGAUCCAUUUUCUGGUUUCAAGAUAGAAAAAUAGAUCGAUUUUUCUCUGGAAGAGAAACAGAAAGAAAACCAGACAAAGAAAAAAAACCAAAACUUGAACAAGCAAAUCUUUAAAGCUGAGGGGCAUAAUUGGUUAUAUGAGUGUCUUUAGAAUUUUAUUUUUCUGUUCUCGUGGUAGUUGAUUACAUUCAAGGCCCUAAAUACUGUGUAAAGGGAGGCAGGUCAUUCUGUAUCGUUUAAUAUUCUUCCUCAGGUAGUGAAAAUAUGCUUAGUUUUCUGCAGGAAAUUACCUUUUCCCUCCCAAACAACUGCAUGUAAGAAACACUUUGCUCAAACACGAUACAUUCCACUGCCAGCAGUUUGAUAGCAGAACACACAAAAAACACAUAUCUGUCCUUUGAGAUCCCUUCCACACUGCCUUCAUUUGGAAAUCCCUCAAGAAACCUUCAUUUCACUGUACCCUAACAGCGGCCACAAAGUAGUUAUUCAAAAAUUCCCAGCACAACGGUCCACAGCAUCUUUCCUACUGACCACUGGUCAUCACCUUCCCAUCUUCCAAAACUGAAUACAUGGCCAGGAAGAACGGCAAGCGAGUAUGAGGUAGCGUGUAGCUUUGAAACGUGCAUUUAUUCUGUGGAAAGCCUGCCUCCUUGCAAUUUCCAGUCAAAAGCCCGUACAGCCAGCAUGGAGGGCGCAGACAGAGUGUGGACAUGUGAGCAAGUGCCCAUGGGGUAACGCAGGGUACAGCCUUGCCAUGGGAUCAGUACUGCCUGCGUUAUCUGCUGUGCGCUUACCCGGUAGUAAAUUGAGGACGCCGUGUAUUUUUGCAGUGGCGUGGUUAAAGCGCUCACCCUCCCUAGCAGUAGCUUCUUCACACAUCCCUGCUGGAAGAAAACGAUGUGUGACAGGACAGGAUCCGUGGGUGCAGUUCAGUCCUUCCUACUCAGAAAAUUUCCCCUUGCGUUAGUACAUCUGAGUGAGAUGGAGAGAUCACCGUUUGAUCGGUGGCCUUAGAUGUGUCAAAUCCAGUGUAAAAGCACCUAUUUUCAUCACACAGGGCUUUUCAGGUGUAUGUACGUGUGUAUGUACUACGCACCUACUUACCAUUCUUCAUUUGUUCGUGAAAAUAAAUUAUUCUAUGCAGAGGAGGGGAAAGAAUUUUAACCCAAGGUAAUAGGAUCUGAGGAAAUACUCAGUUUACUUGUUUUUUGUUCAUUUCGCACUUUCCCCCGACAGUUUAAGCCUUCUGAACAAAUUCCCUGCAGUCUCCAUGUCUGUUCUCAGCACGCGAGCAGCGUCACAGCCUGUGACCACCACCUAUCCGGGUAACCAGAAACUGGAAAAUUACAAAAUGUCUACAUUUAAAAUAUUUUGCAGCACUUUACCUAGCCUGAUUACUAUUUUGUAAACAUGGAAUUAUUAUAUUGAUUGUUUGUAAAACCAUUUAAUAAAUAUGUGUUAGUUUUUACCUUU